CCCAUUUUUGCCCCCUAAAUCUCGCUCGACUGCCACCAACGACGUUGCAACGACGGCGGCCGAUGGCGAUAGGAUCGGUCUCCUCUCUCUUCUUCCCAGAUCUCCUCUCUGCCUCCCUUUUCAUCUUCUCUCUGGGGUUGAUCUUGGCGCUCGGGUUCGCGGCGUUCUUGCUGGAGCACGUGCGAAGGAUCAGUUGCGAGCACUCCCUCGAAAGAGCCUCUUCUUCAGACGUGUUCUUCGAAGAUCCUAACUCACUGAACAAGGUCCCUUGCCCUUCCAUAUUUGAUCAAGCUGAGAAACACAUAUCUCUAAUUGUUCCUGCUUUUAAUGAGGAGCAUAGACUUUCUGGUGCAUUUGUUGAAACCAUUAACUAUCUCCAAAAGCGUGCAUCUUCAGACAAGUCCUUUUCUUAUGAGGUAAUAAUUGUUGAUGAUGGGAGUACUGACCGAACAUCAAAAGUAGCUUUUAGUUUUGUCCGAAAAUAUAAGAUUGAAAAUGUAAGGGUUAUACUACUUGGAAAGAACCAUGGAAAAGGAGAAGCUAUUAGGAAAGGAAUGCUUCAUUCACGUGGUGAACUACUCUUAAUGCUCGAUGCUGAUGGAGCAACUAAAAUAAAUGACCUUGAAAAGCUGGAAUCUCAGAUUCAUGCUUUGGCUGAUAAAGUGAAAGAACUGAACCCUAGCAAUCAGAGUUUGAGAUUAUCUGAAAUUGAAGUGGCUGCCUUUGGUUCUCGUGCUCAUCUGGAGAAGCAGGCUCUUGCUACAAGGAAGUGGUACAGAAAUUUUCUUAUGAAGGGUUUUCAUCUAGUUGUUCUAUUAACCGCUGGUCCUGGAAUUCGCGAUACACAGUGUGGCUUUAAAAUGUUUACAAGAGCUGCUGGUAGGAGACUGUUCACAAAUAUGAGAUUAAAAAGGUGGUGCUUCGAUGUAGAGUUAGUCUAUCUCUGCAAACACAUUGGCAUUCCAAUAAUUGAGGUCUCUGUUAACUGGUCUGAAAUCCCUGGAUCAAAAGUGCGUUUGACGAGCAUUCUUCACAUGCUUUUCGAGCUCAUGUUAAUUAGACUUGGUUAUGGCCUGGGCAUCUGGAAAAUCUACACAUGAAGUUCAUGUUAAAGGUGGAGCAUAUCCAUCGUGUUGGGGUCACACAGAUGUCUUGCUUUAAUUUUAGAAUUGCAGCAUUUGGACUUUGACACUACAUUUUUUUCUUUCAUUUUGCUAUUAACACCCUGUAUUUUUUAUGGCUUUCUACGUUACAUGUCAAACACGAUGCCAUUUUCACCUCA